AUGGACAUUGUGAGCCGAUUAGUGGAGCAUAAGCCAUUGGUAAUAUUUACCAAGAGUUCUUGCUGCGUAAGCCACUCAGUGAUGCAACUCAUAAACAAAUAUGGAGCAAAUGUGACAGUUUAUCAACUAGAUGACAUGUCCAAUGGGCAAGAAGUGGAUAAAGCACUCCAAAGAUUAGGGCUUAAGCCGAGUGUUCCUGCUGUUUUCAUAGGCCAAAAGUUAGUUGGUGGUGCAAAAGAGAUUAUUAGUCUACAGGUCCAGGGAAAACUAGUACCACUGCUGAAGGAAGCAGGCGCGAUAUGGGUUUAG